UGAAUUGACCCCGGCAGGGGCACAUGGCAGACCUGGAGGGGCAGGACUCCGUGGUUAAGGGGGUGCCCCUGGAGGUGGGGCCAGAUGGGGCGCCCCUUGGGGGAGGCUCUGCCUCACGCUGUGUGGCCGGGCUGACAGCCCAUCGGCAGGAGCCCCUGGAGCAUAUUUUCCCCAGCUGCCCUGCCUGUAGUUUGUUCUCCACACGGCAGCCUCAGUGCUCCGGAAUCAGAGAUCCCCAGGGGCUGCCUCCUCAGCUCACGGCCCUCCGAGCCUCAUCCGGUGCAGCUGGGGGCAGAAGGGUUCAUGAGAAGAAAGAAGACUUCCCUUUGGUUUGUGGGGUCUCUGCUGGCAACGUCCAUCUUCAUCCUGACGAUUGGCCUUGCUGCCACCACCCGCACGGAGAACGUGACUGUGGGCGGCUACUACCCGGGGAUCAUUCUGGGCUUCGGAUCUUUCCUGGGAAUCGUUGGCAUCCACCUGGUGGAGAACAGAAGGCAGAUGCUGGUUGCCGCGAUCGUGUUCAUCAGCUUCGGUGUGGUGACGGCCUUCUGCUGUGCCGUCGUGGACGGCGUGUUUGCUGCCCAGCACAUGGAGCCGAGGCCCCUUGCUGCAGGGCGGUGCCAGCUCUACUCCAGUGUGGAAGGGAACUCCCCCGACGUGUACCAGGCAGAGGUCUCCUGUCCCUCCCUGGACGGCAGGUGCCAGCUGAAGGUGCAGAGCAACACCUGUUACUGCUGUGACCUCUACCACUGCGGGAGCCCCGAGCACCCUCCCACCUACUACGAGUUUGUGGGCGUGAGCAGCUGCCAGGACGCACUCCACCUAUACUGGCUGCUCUGGGCCUCGGCGAUGCUGAACGUGCUGGGCGUGCUCCUGGGCAUCGUCACGGCGGCUGUCCUGGGGGCCUUCAAGGAUGCGGUCGCUCUGUCCCCGCUGGCCUACAGCCUGUCUGCACCACCUCACAUCCUCUACAACCCAGCCCAGCAGAUCCUGGCCUACGCGGGCUUCUGCCCGACAACCGGGACCCUCCCGGCCGGCUCGCCCUGCCCGCUGCCUGUGCAGCCCUCCAGCAGCUCCCCCACCUUGCCAGCCACUGACCCCUGCAUCCGAGGACAUGUAGCUCCAGCCCAGCCCAGCUGCCACGGCGGGCUUCCUCCUGGCGCCCUGCCUCCCCAUGCUCUGGUCCAUUUCCUCCUGGGGGAAAAGCCGCCCCCCUAUGCACCGUGACAGGGGGGCGACUGAAAAAGAGUUGUUUUUGUUUAAAAAACAAAGCAGCCUCUACAAACCCUGCUUGUGUGGCCAACCUCCUGGAGACAUCAGUAGAACGCUCCAGAAGUCCACACCCUCCUUUCCUCCGGGGCACAUCCUCUGCAAGGAGAGGCCAGGACCAGUGGAGGGGACAGAGCCCCAGGUGACUGAGGCCUGGGUGGCACCUCCACUCAGCUGCCUUGCCCAGCGUGCGACCCAGACACCACAGAGCCGAACAUCCCACCUGCGGCCUCUCUGCUCCAGUGUCAU